UUACUGUUGUCUGCGAACUAUUUGGCGCUGCGACGCGUGAGGCGUAAGGAUAUUCGGGCGUUUCCGGCGGAUUCGCGAGCGUGCGGCGGAAUCGUCACUUGAGAUCGAGCGACGGUGCGGUCAAGAGCAAAUAAAGAGUCUUGUUUUUUCCUGAUUAAACCAUCUCGUACUGAAUCAUAUUUCCCAUCUACAACGGGGAGUCUACAUCUGGGGGCUCGCAGCCGGGAUCGAGAUUAGUGUUUGAAGUCAGUGAAGGAUCAAGACGAGUGAGGAAGCGAAGACGAAAAGAUGUCGGACGACGAAGGACGAAACAACGACGAUGGCAACACGCUGCAGGUCGACAUGAUGACGAUAGCCCAGCUAAAAGACGAGCUUAGAGGACGCAAGCUAAAGGUGACGGGCAACAAAGUCGAUCUUGUGGCGCGAUUGAAGGCGGCUCUAGUUCUGGAAAAUCAACAUGAAGACGAUGACGAUGAUGAGUCCAGCGACGAGAGCGACGACGAAAUGCAACGAGACGACGUCGACGCUAAUGGCGCCGAAAGAAACGAAGCACGUAGACGAACGAAAUUUGUGCCAACCUUCAAAGACGUGGAAGAAUCAGUCGAUACUUUUAGUGGGGACGACGGUAAAAAUGUAAAGGUGUGGAUCAAGGAAUUCGAGGAUCUAACGAAGAUAUGCGAGUGGAACACGAUGCAGAAGACGAUAUACGCGAGAAGAUUGCUACGAGGCUCUGCGCGAUUGUUUGUGAAGUCAGGCAAUCAUGGAACGUCGUGGAAGACCAUGAAGGGCGCGCUAAAGACGGAAUUUGCGCCGAAGGUGGACAGUCGCACGAUACAUAAAGAACUGCAACGAAGAAAGAAGAAAACAAACGAAUCCUAUCACGAGUAUUGCUAUAAGAUGAUGGAAAUAGCGGAACGAGCGGACGUCGAAAUAAAGGCGGUUAUCCAAUAUAUCAUUGACGGUAUUGACGACGAAGGAUAUCGUAAGUCUAUUCUGUACGGUGCUAAAACGAUUCGUGAGUUAAAAGACAAAUUCGAUACGUAUGUAGAAUUACGCGAUAAGACGGGCGAAAAUAAAAGACACGAGAAUAAAAAGAAGCUGUCGGUAAACAAAGACGCGGAAAAUAAAGACGCGAAGCGAGACGCGAAACGUUGUUUUAAUUGCGGUGAAGUCGAUCAUUUAAGUGCGGCAUGCCCUUCGAAAGAUCAAGGUACGAAGUGUUUCGGGUGCAAUAAAUAUGGUCACAUAGCGUCGAAAUGCCCGGAAAGCGCAAACACGAAAGAAAAGAAAAGUUGUAACGUUGUACAGUCCGAUUCCGGAAAAUGCCUUUGGCCAGUGUAA